CGCACAUUAAUAUUUUUUGAGGUUAAAAAGUGUCAAAAGUGCAAAUACUAGUGCAAAAAAGGCCGGUUCUUUGUUUAAAAUAAUUAUUUUAAAUCACUGACACAUUGAAUUACGUUAAUUUGUUAAUUAAUAACUAUUUCAAUGUACGGUAAAAGAAAUUUUGAAUAAUAUUAUUAUUGAAAUAUGCAAUAAUAAUAUUUAUAUUUGUUGCUGUCUAACCUAUAUAAUUAUUUUUCUUGUUAAAAGACAUGUAAUAAUUACUACAAUUAUUUAAGUGAUUAUCAAGAAUCAUUUACAAUGAAUUUCAAUAAUUUGAUAUAUACGGACUUACCAAAAUUUGAAAAUCUAUGCUGUAUUCGUUGUAUAUUCAGUAAACAUCAAAUUGAUCAUGAAAUUUUUAUCAAUGUUAAACACUGUCAAGUUAUUUGCUGCAGGGAUAUUAUCAAAUAUUUUCCUACAGUAAUAGCUUCACCAAUUCCUAAAACAGAAAACUAUGCAUACAUUGUAAUGACGAAAGAAUUUUACCAAACAAAAAGGUUGCAACAAUAUUUAGAUUUUAAAGUAAUAAAUUAUACGAGUUUGCAAAGUGUAACAAUAAAAAUUUUUAAACUUUGUAUAAAAUACACAAUUAUUUAUAAUUUAACGCCAAUUUGGAACAAAUGUUAUGAAUAUUUAUCUAAUGGGCAAGAUUACAAAAAUCUCACAGAUGAAUUGGAUGCUGUAAAAUUGGAAUUAACCAUUAAAAAUGAGAAGUUAAUUUUAAGAGUCACUCCAUUGAGAAUUAAAGUUUAUCCAUUGAGUUUAAAAACUGUUGAUUCAUCAGAAAAAGUUCUUCAAAAAGAAAUAGUAUUUCUUUUGCCCAGUUUCCAUAAAUGCAAAUUACUUGAAGUUACAAAGAACAUUCCUAAAAUGAGUCGAUUUAAAAGUUACGACGUAAUUCGAGAUCACUGGAAACAUAUGUAUGGAAUUAUGUUGCCAAGAAAUUCGGAAAAUAUCAAUUACUAUCUAGUCAGUACUUCACAACCUGAAAAUCGUAUUUUCGUUCAUCCAGAUCUUUGCCUACAAACAUCACUUCCAACUAUUAUUAAGUGCAAUAACAAAAAUGAGAUUAAAACUCGUUUUCUUAAUGAUUUAAAAGAGAAAGUUACUCAAAUUUGUGGCAAGAUAGUUUCAUUUAACUAUUAUACUUCUGAAUCUCAGACAAAUUCUUUAGAAACAAUGGAGACGUCAAAAUCACAAAAUUCAUCGCUUGUUAAAAAUCCUUGUUUUAACAGUACUUCAAAUACAACAAAAACAUUUAAUUACGAGCCAAAAAGUUUGAAAAAUCUUUUAUUUCAAAUGAAUGUGAAUUCACCAACAAAAAGCAUGGAUAGCCAUUGUUCGUCAUUUUCAUUUCAAAAUACAAUUCAAUCGAAUAAUAUUCCUAAAACGGAAGUUUCACGAAUUUAUUCGAAAAAAGAUCAUGUUCUCAAUUGGCUUCUUAAUUCAUGUAAUUCAGAAGUAAGUUCCACAAAUUCUGAUAGUUUAAAUAGUGAAAAAGAUUUUGAAAAAUUAAAAGAAUCACCAAUAGAAGCGAAUACAAUAAUUGUCACAGAUAUUAAAAAGCCAUUUAUCAAUUCAAUUGAAAAUAAUUCAAACAGUAAGGAAGAAUUAAAAGAAUCACCAAUUAAAAUUGUGACGAAUAUUAAAAAACCAGUUUUACGUUCAAUUGAAACGGUCAAUAUUUCUCUGCCAAAAAUAAAAAGACGAAAAUAUUAGAAAAAAAAUCAUUGAUAAUGAAAUCAAUGUUCAAUAUACAUAUUAUAUAUUUAAAAUAUGAAAUUAUUUUUAAAAUAAUUUUAUAAGCAAGAAGUGAUAAAAAAAGACAUAUUUAAUUAAAUAAAAAAUUCUUAAAUGGAAAUAAAUGUUAAAUUUAAUUAAUUUUUAAUUAAAAACUAGCCUCAAUAACACAAGACUGUUAAUAUUUUUAAGUUCAUAUUUUUGUUGAUAAUAAAUAAUUUAAAUUAAGUAUUGUAUUUAUUUAGUUUUUUUGAUUUUUAAUGAAAGAAAAAAAAAAUUUGUAAGUUUUUUUCAAUUUGCGUAAGAUCGUAUGAAAAAAAAAUUUCUUUUUUUUUUAAAUAUGAGAGAAAACAAAAGAUUGAUUUUAGAGUAUUUAUUUUUAUAGAAUAGCGAUGAUACGUGAAGUAUCGAAAUAUAUACGUAUGUACAUUGAAAUAAUUAUAACGAGUAAUAUGUACAAGUACAUCAAAUUACAAACACUAAAUAUACGUCGCAUCUUGUACAUUUUUUUUUUUUUUUUUUUGUUUUGAAAUCAUUACCAUUUCAUAAAGAUUGUACCGUUGUUCUCAGUGCUGAAACAAUGGGUAGGAUGCGUGAUAUAUAUAUAUUUUUUUUGAAAAAUCUCCGUUUGGCACGAUUUACUAUUUGAUAAGAAUAAGAAUUUGGUCAGACUCACGAAUUCCUGAAAAAAAUUGCAAUUUGAUCCACGAAACUUGAUUAUAGACUCAAAAUUGGUUCAGUAUCAUUGUAUUUUUUUUUUUUUGUUUGUUUAUUUCGAUAUGCACUAUUUUACUUUGACCCUUUCAAACAAUUAUAUAUGUAUAUCAUCUUAAACUAUUUUCAUAAAAAUUGUGAUGUAUUUUUUCAAAUUAAAAUAAAUAAAUAACAAAAUACAAAAAAAAACGAAAUUAAAAUAGUCUUUACUAUUUUUUUUCCGAAACUUAAGUAUUUUCCGUAAAAAGGUUCAUUUUGUAUAAGAAAUGGAAUGAGUACAAAGAGAAGUACAUAGCGAUUGAUUUAUGCAAUGUAUAUAUUACAAAAUCAUUUUCAUUUUUGUUUUUCUUUUUUAUAUAUAUGUAUAUGUAACAAAAAGUUUAAGAGUCUCAAUUUUAUUACAUAUUCAUCAAAAUCAUUUUCACUCAUCACUUGCAUACUUUGAAAAAUUCGUUUUUUUAAAAUCUUAUUUAAAUAAUUUUUUUUUUUUCUUAAAAAAAUGUUUUUCAUCAUUUGAAUCGUCUUCAAGACAAAUAUAUUGUGAUAUUAAAAACAAAUAAUGGACACAUUAAUGACAAUAAAAAAAAAUAUUUAACAAACAAGCAAAAUAAUGGUCUUAUGUUUUACAUCAUUUACGUAUAAAUAUCUCAUUAAAUAUUUUUUCGUAUAUUAAAAAUUUACUACACAGUUUCCACGAUUAUUUUACAAAAAAUUUGUUAUUCUAUCCUGACGAUGACUUAAGUUCGAUUAAGUAACUCUCUUUUACUUGGACACGGAUAUUUUUUUUUUUUUUUUUAUCUUCAUUUGGUGAAAGAGAAAAAGUGAAAGAGGAAGAUACAGAGAAAGAGAGUGAGAGAUAAAAAGAGAGUUCAUUGGGAAAUAUCUCCAAUAUUCACAUCACACUUAUUCGUCGAAUCAUAUUUUUUGAAAAAAGUGUGAUUGACUUUCGUGGUUUUUUAUAUAUUUUUUUUAAUCAAAUCAAUAGUCACGAUUAACACUGUAUCAAAAUCUAAACUGACCUUAUGUGUUAAUUAAAAAAAGUGUUCAGCUCUUUUGACAAAAAAAAAAAAUAAAAAGUCAGACUUUAUCCAACGGCCGAGCUUCAGAAUUUCCAAUAAAAAGGAAAUUAUUAACUGAUAACCCGUUUUGAGAUCAUUCUCAAGAAAAGGAAAAAUAAAAAAAAAAGUCGUAAGAAUUUCAGGAGUAUUUUUUCAAAUUCAGGAUCUCAAAAAUUUCUAUUAAUUAACAGAAAAAUAAAAUAUAAACAAUUUUCUUUAAAUUAUUCUUUAAAAAAUUAAAAAGAAAGAAAUUAUUAUAGAGAGUAUACACUUUUUUCUUUAUCAUCACUUUGAAUUUGUAAAAAAAAUAUUUUAAAUGACUUUAAAUUUUAAAUUCAUAAAAAAUUGUUGAAUCAUUGAAAAGUUUAGAUAAAACAUUUUAAAUCUUAAUACUAAGUCGCAAGUUCAUUAUUAAAAUAUCUAACUUUCAUUUAUUUUUAUACUUUCACUGUCAGAAAUUGUUUUUGUAAUUAAAAAACUGUUUUUACCAAGCGAAAAAAAUAGUCAUUUAAAUUUAUUUACAUUGGAAAUUUUUUUUGCCUUAUAUGUAUAUUGAAUACUAACGAAUAUUAUUAUUUACGAAAAAAUAAAAAUUUAUGAUAUUUAUCUAAUUUAUAAAGAAAAAUUUAAAAACGACCCGUUUAAAUUUUUAUUGAGCAAAAACUUCUCUACAAAUUUACCCUGCGAAUUUAUCAUAAUCGUGUCGCUUUUAAAUAUGAUUUUAUAAAUAUUAUUUAGAUUUAAAAAAUUUUAUAAGAUAUUUUAGACAAUUUUUUAAUGAAAAUAUUUAUCUAUAAUUUUUUUUAGAUAAAUUAAAAUCAAUAAAAAAAUAUCAAUUUUUUCAAUUCAUGUCAGUUAUUCGUUAAAUGUUAUGGUAUUAUUUUAAAAACCAAAAAUGCCCUCCGACUAUUAUAUAGAAUAAGUUAAAAUCUAUUUUUAGAAAAUAUAAUUCUAAAUGAUUUAAAAUUCAAUAAUUCAACUUUUUUUUUUUCAAUUUUACUUCGAAUUUAUUAAUCAAAAUUCAUUAAUUUAAAAUUUUUUUUUAAUGGCAAAAAUAGCCAAAAGUAUUAAUUUUCUCGUGAUUUUCACGAUUAGCGCAAAUUUCAUAGAAAAUACAAAAAAAAAAAAAAAAAAACAUAAAAAAAUACUUAAUAUAAAAAAAGAAGAAAAUAAAUAUUAAAAUAGAUUAACCUAAAAAGAAACGAAAAUUUUUAAGCAAAAAAAAAAAAAAAAACAGAA